AUGCAGAAUUCGUGCCUCCGCGCCCGCGGCGUGCGGCACGCCGCGCCCGCGGCGCGCCGAGGGCGCGGCGGCGGCGCCGAGCGCCGAGGCGAUCCGCGCGCGCGCGCGCUCGGCGCGCCCGCCGUGGCGGCGGCGUCCCCCUCGGAGUCGAGGCGGGCGUCCGUCGGGAGGCGUCGGGUCGGCGCCCCCCCGUGGGCUGCGGCAGGCGAGCUCCGCCCUCGCCGAUCAACGAGUCAGGCAACGCGUUGGAGGAUGAGAAGGGAAUUCUUCACUUUUUUGUUUGCUCGGGCUGCCUGGCAUCGGCUGCUCGUGCACCAGAUGCGAGCUGCUACCGGGGCUGGUCCUCAAUGA